AUGUGUAAUAGCAACAGAAGAAAAGGCGAUGCAGACGACAAUGAAACUUUGACCGCACUCGAAUCCACUAGAGCAAGUUCCGGUCAUCACGAUGACUUGGAUAAAUAUGUCGAAAGUUUUGACAAAAUAUUGGGAACAGUGGGUACAUUAGGCAACCAAAUAUUCGAUGUCUCACUUGAUGCUGGUAGAGACUUGAACCACAAAGCAAAGGAAUGGUCAUAUAACUGGUUCAAUGGCUCUAGGCUCAAUGGAGAAGUUGAUGAUGGCAGAAUUGACAAUGAUAAAGAAGCUGGCGAUCAUGGUAAGGAAUAUAGGUUUGACGGGUUCAAGUUUCCACCUUUCUAUGAAACAAGAGAUGUCGACCUCAAAAGGGAUGACAUCAUUAGUCCCAUUUUCAAUGAGUUUUGGAAAAGCAAUCCUUUUUUCCAGGAUGUGUCCCUGAAAUUUAUUGGCACUACACCAUUUGGGUACCGCGCAUUCAAAGGUCCUUCAAUAAGGCAAUAUCAUAACUGUUUGGAUAAGCAAGGUAAAUCUAUCUGGGAUGAGCAAGGAUACUGGAGAUGCUUGUUCCCUGAAAGUGAGGUGCCAGUGAGACUAUUGGACUACAAAAAGCAACACUUGGGAGAUGCUAUCCUCACCAAAGAAGAUUUUUUCAAUCACAUGAACCAAUUGGGAGAGAAUGAAGAGAAACCAGUGAUUGAUUUGAAGGAACAAGGUAAAUGGUUCAACAGGUUUGAAGACUAUCUUGGCUGGAAAAGAGUCGCUUAUCAAGAAGCACAAAAAAAGAGAGAGCUUGAGUUGAAGGCUAGACAAGAAGCCCGGGAAAAAGCAUUAUUGAACUUGAGGAGAAACGAUAGUAACGGUGGCGCUGACGGUGGUGCUACUACUACUACUACUGGUGGUGGUAACAGUCCAGAACUAGCUUCUUUGCAAGAGCGCUACGUUACUUCAAGCUCUAUCAAGUCCAAUAUGUUUACUGAUCCAGAGACCAAUGAGAUCAAGUUGAUUGAAUCGAAGAAAGAGUGCUUUAACGAUGGCAAUUGUUUAGUAACAAAGAUUACCAAACUGAAACCUGUUGGUAGUGCACAAUGGGCUACUGUUGAAGAACACACAGAAGAUCUCAAGGACAACAAAGGAUGGUUCUGGAAGUGA